AUGGACACAAGCAUCAACCCCUGUGACAGCUUGAUUGGAUACGUGUGCUCAAGGUGGAAGAAGGUUCAUCCGGAAAUCUUGACGCCUUUCAGAUUCGUCGAGAAGGAAGUCGUAAUCCCGCUCCAGAGGGAUCUGUUGAGGAUGUUUGUCAACCCGCUUCAGACCUCGGCCAUGGAAAAAGUGACAGCUGCUGUACAAAACUGCUACGCCAUUAGGCGUAACCGGCUGGAGAAUCUGCGGGCACUGAGCGAAUUCCUGGCGAACAAUGGCUUCCAACUGCCCCCAGUCGGCGGCCAGCCGGUGCCCAGUCCACUGGAGCUGUUGAUCACGCUGAAUUUCCGUCUGCGCAUUCCUCUGCUGUUUGCACUGCGACCUGCCAUCGACCUUCGGACCGACGAUAGGAAGAUACUCACUGUUAUGACCGACAUGUAUAACCUGGAGCGGUUUGCUUUUGAGUUUUCCAACCUGAGCAUCAGAGCCUCUAAGUUUGUCAAUGGUGUAGCUUUCGCCAAAGAGGUUCAAGACGUCCAGAGCAGGUUCAUAUCCUGGCUUAUAAACAGCCAACCCCUUGGAACGAAGUAUCUUAACAUAGCUCAGUUGGCCAACACUACACCAGGCAUAUCGGAAGCCGAGUGGCUGAACGCCAUCAACGUUAACCUUCUGAAUCCAAUUUCGGCCGAGACGGUCAUCUACGUUUACGAGUCGCAAGGGCUCUACAUCGUCAACAAGCUCAUGGAAGAAUACAAGGAUAACCCCAGGCCGGCUGCAAACUGGAUCACGAUGUACCUCCACUACUACUUCGCCGGCGCAAGUUCGUACCGGCUUCCCAAGCUUUUUACGAACUACGAGGACAGGUGCUUUACUUACAUUGGGGACAUCGCCCCACACGCAAUCAACGUUCUCUUAUCUAAACUCGUUGUAUCAACCGACGAAGUGCAAUUUGCGAAGCAUAUACUUGGCAGAAUCAGAAACCUUUUCCCCACAUUUUUCAACUGGACCGACGCUGAAUCCAGACCAUUAGCCACGAAACGACUGAAUGACAUUAUCAUCAUCCUGGGCAUCGCGAGAAAAUUUUACUCUCCCGCGGCCAUGGAGAACGAAUACCGUUUCCUGCCCGCCUUCGAGGGACCCUUUCUGCAGGACCUUCUCCAAGCCUUGAAGAACAGGGCGGAGGAAGAACUCUUCACUUUCGCCCACGAGACGGGUAAGCUGGAACGGGACGCGUCUGUCUUUACGGAGUUGGCCCAGUUCGGGAAUGCUUUCUACACCCCGAGCUUGCACACUGUCUACAUACCAUCGGCCAUGUUGACAGAGCCGUUUGUGAUGAGCGACUCGCUCGUGGCCACCUACGCCCUCCUAGGAACCGUACUAGGACACGAGAUGUCACACGCCUUUGGCCCGAAAUCGGUGGAUCGCCUGCCGACCGGCGUCUGGAGGAGGUGGAUGACCAACCGAACAUGGCAGGACUACAGCACGCGGCUAAACUGCCUCACCGACCUGUACCGCCAGUACGCCAUACCGCACUACGCCCAGACGACGUUGGAGGAGAAUUACGCCGAUAUAGCGGGCAUGCAGAUGGUUCUUGCGGCCAUGAGGAGCGACACGUGCGUCAAGUUCGACGAACCGUCGCCGAUUCAGGGACUCAGCAACAAACAGCUCUUCUUCGUCGCCUAUUGCUACAAGUACUGCUCGCCGCAGAAUCCGGAAUAUUACUAUGGCGGGAGCUACGCCUCUGAUGUCCAACGGUGUCAAACUGUCGCCAAACAAUUUAAGGAAUUCUGGGAGGCAUUUAGAUGCGAUAGAAGAUCGCGAAGGCAAUGCGUUCUGUUAUAG